AUGCUCUGUGUUGGACUGAGCCGAGAGUGUGUUCUGUUCCAAGGAGAGACGGAGAGAAAGCGACUGAUCCGCCCCGGUCCAGUCUGUCCUCAGGAGGAGGGCGGGCCCCCGUCCGCCUGCCACCCUCAGAGCCCACUCCAGCUCACCCCCCUUCUGGCAAGUCAGGAGGGCAGCCUGGGGACGAGUGUGCCCCCCAGCGCGCCCCCCAGCCCAGCUUGGAUUCUCCUCCAUCGUGUCUCCUUCCCUCACCUCUCCCCUUCCAUCUCUCCAGCCUCAGCCUUUCCCCUGGAGGAUCAGGUGUACCUGGGGGCCGGGGCCCUCUUCGGACGACUCAGGACGGACCGGCCCGUCACACAGCAACUACUGCAUUACGGGAAAAGAGAGACGACACCGAUACCCGAGGGCCACGACAAGACCAGACUGAGACAGUCCUACCAGCUGGCCUUCAACACGCUCAAAUACCAAGACUUACUGGAGAACGUCGUCCUCGACAGCUGCUUCCACACGAGUCAACAGAUUCCCGAUGACUUGUUGCCAUUGGCGAUGGUGAUGCUCUUCGACCUCCAGGACAGGAAGUUUGAACUCCUUAAACGUCGUGCAGAGGAAGGGGAGGAGCCUCUGCACGAUGUCAGGGAACUUGAAAGCUGCUUCCGCAGGUCCAAGACUAAGCUCGCGGCCUCCCUGGCACGCUGCAGGGUGAAGCAAAACCUGGUGAGUGUGUCCUGUGUUCUGCCUGAUCCAGUCAGAACCAAUCAGAAGAGGGCCAAGCUGCUGCCCUUCUACGCCUGGGUCAACCCACUAACGAGCAGCGUGGAGGAGGUGUGUGUUGAGCUCCAGGCAGACCUGGGACUGCGUGAGGUGGAGAGGAUGCAGGAUAGCCGGGGUGGCCUGCAGUUCUGCAGGGACCCUCUGUGUGAAGACACUCUGUGCUUCCCCCCACAGCUGCACACCCUGAUAGAGCAGAGCCCCCUCGUCGCCGGCCAUACGCUCAACGCGCAGCACAGAGGCGUGUGCCUCGCAGUGAGCGCGCUGCGUCCUCACCUCCCGGACCACGCUGACGUUCUGGUCGCGGGGUCCUUCUCCGCCUGCACCCUGGCUCAGGUAGCCGUCCACGCCGCUGCCCGAUCGGGGAAAGUGCUCGUGUGCGGGGACGACCACACGCCCUCUCAGAGGGACGAGCUGCAGGAGCUGCUCACACGGAUGCACGUCAACAACGUGCGUGUCCUGCCGGUGGCCUUCCAGAGCCUGGACGAGUGGGACAGCGCCGCCCAGCGCCUGAGGCUCAUGCUGCUGCUGCCCCAGAGCUCCUGCUCCGCCCUCAGUGACCCCGUCCACACCCUGAUCACAGAGCACGGAGACGUUGACGUGCUCCAGGACCUGUCCCAUGGUCCAGUGUCUCAGAGCAGACUGGACUCCCUGGUCCACCACCAGGAGAAGCUACUGGCACACGCCCUCACGUCCCCCAGGGUUCAGUCGGUGCUCUACUGCACGCGCUCAGUGAACCCGCAAGAGAACGAACACCUGGUGAUACGAGCCUUAAACAAAGCAGACACACCUCCAAAACUAGUGCCCUUUAGGCCGGCCCCACCCCUCCUGCCUCAACCCCCUGGGUCAGAGACAACAGACAGCCGGUUCUUCAAAAUUGAGCCCUCCGGACACAGUGAUGGCUGCUUCAUAGCCAGGCUGAGCAGAGAGUCGGACGCCACCAAGGUGGAGAAGGUCCAGGACGUGCUGGCGAGGGCGGCCGCCAAGGGCCUGCUGGGGGCCAUGUUCGGGGACCAAUCGCAGCCCAGCCGCAAGGGGAGACGCAGGAAGAGCAGCGUGCUGGCAGCCAAUCAGAAGUCCUGCCCUCCACUUCCUGCACUGACAGAGGACGAGCCUGUCGCCGGGCAGACCAGAGACCUAGACCCGGACCCCGGAGAGCACCAAGACCCUGUGGGCGGGCUCAGGACCACCGAUACUCCGUCGAUGACUGAAGAGGGGGAUGAGGAAGAGGACGGGGCCGCUGAUGAAAAGGAGGACGACGUGGAGGAGGGAAACGACGGGAGCCCAGGGGAGGGAACAGACACGGGGAAAGGGGUGAGGAAGGGUAAGGGCAGGGCCAGACGACGGACCAAAAGGACCCACGGGGCGGCAAAUCUCUCCGCGGUCCGGCCUAACCGCACCGGCAGAAAGACCCUGAAGACGAAGGCCAAACCCAAACGUCCACAAGGUCCGGGGCGCAACUUUGAGUCGACUUCAGAGCCACCAACGAGGUCCGCCGUACCCCGUCCUACCACUUCUACGGGCCAGGGUAGCACCCCCGUCACCCCCGCGACCUACGUCCUCCAAAUAGGCCCCGGGAAGGAACAGCAAGGGCAGAAAGCACACGCUAAAAAACCCACGAAGAAAGCCGGCACGCCGGGAAGGGUUUCGUCAGCGAGGGGAGCGGGCUCAGCCGAUGAGGUGUCAGUGCGGGAUCCGGCGCACCCUCCGGAUCCCGUCCAUCCCCUCGUGUCCUCGUUCAGCAGGAGUUCUUUGAGCGACAGUGCUUCCUCCCGGUCCACGGCGCCUUCGUCCUCCACAUCGAUGUCCUCCACCCCGACACGCUCGCCCUUCUGACACUGGGCCUGAGCAGAGCGAGGCGCAGAGGACCGACUGACGCCGAGACCCUUCACAAUACAACCUGACUGUAGAUAUACAUCUAUAACCAAUGCAUAGAUCCUUGGACACCGGUAUGCUCUACGCUGUAUGUGUACGUGGCAGACAUACACUGACAUCAAGAGAGUUUCACAAAUAAUUAAAAGUUGCGUACAGACGGAUGGAAGUGUUUGAGUUCAAUGUCACUUGAGGGAAUCUUAUAAAUAUCUAUUGCAUCUUUGUUGAGGAGAAGCUGUUAAAGAUCCCAUGCCAUGCUAUUUUAUGGAUGCUUUAAUCUAGGUAUUAGUGGGCCACAAACACCGUAUUCAAAGACGUCCCCGAAAUUCAGCCGUGGUGCAGAGUUACAGCCACUCCGAACCAGUCGCACAUUGAGCUUCCCCCAAACGCGCUGUUUCGGUGGGCGUGUCAAGGCAGGUCAAGGAGGGGGGUGGGGGUGUGGCCCUGAGCAGCUUGUAGCCACAGUACCAUGCGCUCUGUUUACGGUGGAUGUAUCGCAAUGGCUCGUAGAAACCCAUAUUAUACAUAGAUAUCUAUAUAAUAUAAUAUAAUAUAUAUUAUCACCUGGCCCUGAGCAGCUUGUAGCCACGGUACCAUGCGCUCUGUUUACGGUGGAUGUAUCGCAAUGGCUCUUAGAAACCCAUAUUAUACAUAGAUAUCUAUAUCAUAUAAUAUAUAAUAUAUAUUAUCACGGCCAAAAGCUGUGUGAGCCUCCAGACGAUAGGCUAUUAUGAAUCUCAAACGACCGCGUCUUCUUCAGAUUGAUGUGGAAGUGGAAGAACCAGAGACGUCGGAGAACCCGACGAAGUCCUU